GAGAAGCACAUAGCAAGAUAAUGAAAAAAACAGAAAGUCAAGGAAAGAAAAAGGUAUUAAAGGGAAAGGGAAAUAACACUUCUCGUGUGAUUAGCUCUACUGUUUACAUACAUACACUAGGCAGAAAAGAAAGAAGAAAGCCAGCGUCGGGCCUCAACUCUUGCCAGUUUCAGAAAAACACAGCACCGAUUUGGGCAAUGGCAGCGGCGGCCUCUAAGGCAGCCGACUCCUACAUUGGGAGUCUCAUUUGCUUGAUUACAAAGUCUGAUAUUCGUUAUGAAGGAUUUCUCUUCCAUCUCGAUGCUCUAGAAUCCACCAUCGGCCUUCGCAACGUGAAAUCAUAUGGGACAGAAGGACGAAAGCAGGAUGGACCUCAGAUAUCUCCCAGUGACAAAAUUUAUGAGUACAUUUUCUUCCGAGGUAGUGACAUAAAGGAUCUGCAGGUUAUAUCCUCACCACCCCCUCAAAGUACUUCAGUUGUUCCUGAUGAUCCUGCCAUAAUACAGUCUCAUUUUCCUAACCCCAUACCGUCAACCAUGGGCAUGACAUCUCCUGGUGCUGCACAAGUAGCAGAUGUUAGUACCAGUGCGCCGUCCAUACUCCCUGUUGCACCUUUCCAGGUGAAUCUUGCCCCGAAUCUGUCGCCACCAAGUUCUAGCCUUUGGGGCUCGCUUCCUCCUCCACCUGUAAAUAUCAAUGGGCCUGCUGUGCCUAAUUAUUGGCCUGGAUUAGUUGGGUCCUCAGGAGGAGUUUCUCAAUUUCAACAGCAACGUUUUCCUCCACCACCACAGAGUUUGGUUGCAUCCCUUCCCAUUCAGCAGCAAGCACAAUACCAAAAUGUGAAUGCAUCUCUAGCCGGAGGAUCUAGUUUGGCGGCACAACAUCACCCAUUGCUGCUGCCUAUUAGUACUGCUUCCCCAAAUUUGCUCCCCCCAAUGCCGUCAUCUGGGAAAUCCAAUGCUGAACAGCCUGCUAAACCGUUUCUUAAUUUGUCAUCUAUUCCAAUGCCAAAUAAUGCAUUCCGUGCUCUUCCAACUGUAGCAAUGGAUUCUGGCCCAAUAACGGUGUCUGCUCUGGAAGCAGAACUUAAUGUCAAUGCUAUUCUGGCUCCAGUAACUAAAGAACCAAGUUCCACCAUUAGCACUUCAGAUUCUUUCUCCACAAUCUCGCAAACUGUGCCAUCUAAUGUAGACACAAAAGAUGCAUCUCUCAGCAAUCUGUCAAGAUCAUCUCUCUUGUCACCAGAGGUGCUGUCAGGAGUGAAGGAUUCCUCAUCACCUCAAUCAUCGCAAACGUCAAACGCUGAUGUACAGACUGUUAAAGCAUCAGUAUCAGAACCUCUGCCUUCGGGGAGUACAGAAGAAACCGUGGAGUCAAUACCAAAAUCUACAACUAAAACAUUACAUGGAUCUACAUCAUCUCAUCACAAUAGAAGUCACUUUGCUCGGGGAAGAGAUGGGGCACAUCAAGCCACAUUAUCCACUCAUCACAAUAGUAGAGGCCACACACAGAGAGGAAAUGCGCCAAAAGGAGCUGCUGUAUAUACACAUCAAAGUUAUAGGAAGCAUGCAUCAGGAAGAGGAAAUGGGCUUGUUGGAGCUGCUCUACAUUCUCGUCAGAAUAAUAUGGGCAUGGGCAGAGGACAAGUGCCAAAUGGUGUUCCUCAACUCAAUCAUCGCAAUGUGGGAGGUCAAUUUCGCGGACGCGAAGCAAAGAAUUCCCAUUUGGUUAAAAGAUUCUCCGAGGAGUUCGAUUUUGAGGCAAUGAAUGAAAGGUUCAAUAAGAAAGAGGUAUGGGAUUUUCUAGGCAAGAGUAACAAAGCUGAAUCAGAUGAUGGAAUCGGGGAUGGGAAAGAGAUGGAUUACAGUGAUGCACAGGAUGAAGCUGGGGAUGGAAAUGCAAAACAUGAUUACAAGUCUGUUUAUUGUAAGGACGACUUCUUUGAUUCUCUUUCCUGUCAUACGCUUGAUCGUGAAUCUGGAAAAGUGAAGUUUUCUGAACAAAGGAAAAAAGAUGCCGAGACAUUUGGUGAGACUCAGAAAAACCAACGGGGUCGUGGCCGGGGAGCUCGCAUGCCAGGAGCAUCUCGAGGCUCAUAUCGUGGAAGAGGCUAUGACAAUGCACGUGGUGGCCGCGGCCAAGGACGGACUGUUUGGGGUCGUGUCACUUAAAAUGAGCUUCUAUGUGUGCCUGUGAAUGAUGUUCAGGAGGUAGAUAGUUGACAUCACCUGGCAAUAUCUAGUUAUAGUAAACUUUUAGUCAGGUUUAGCGUGACAGUAUUGUUAGUAUAAUAAACAAGGACAGAAGGGUAGAGUUUGCUGCUGAACACUGAGGUUCAAAGAUAAGCUAUCGUAUCCGGUGAUUGUAGGAGUAUGUAAUCAGUCACAACUGGUUACCUGAUGCAUAAACACCUUUGCUUUACUAGGAGAAACUAGUAGCAACAGUUAGCUGCUUUGAAUAAAAUCUGUCAUGAAUUUUGUGAAUAACAAAGCAUUGACAUGAAAAAAUUUAGAGUCUUGUUUUUGGCAGUGUUAAAAA